AUGAGCCGGGGCAGCAAAGGAGGAAGGGGCGCGGGGGGCCUGGACCUGAAGCUGCACCUGUCUCCGCCGGCGCCGCCGGCGCGUGGCACAGAGGGGGCGUCAGCGUCGUUGUCCUCCGACGAGGAGUGGUCGUCGUCGUCGCCGAGCUCGUGCCUAUCGUCGGAGGGCGAGCGGGGGGAGCCGCAGCAGAGGCCGCAGAGCCACGGGCUGCAGUGGUCGGACAGCCCGGAGGCGACGUCCAUGGUGCUGGCGGCCUGCCCGCGCUGCCUCAUGUACGUGAUGCUCUCCGAGGCCGACCUGCGCUGCCCCCGGUGCCGCAGCCCCGUCCUCCUCGACUUCCUGCACCACGCCGCCCGCAACAGCAGCAGCAGCCGGGAGGACGACGAUCACAGCCGCAACAGCACCCGCGGCGGUGGCGGUGGCGGGAGGAACAGGAGGGCGUGA